AUGGAACUCAAGUUCCAAAAUCUUUACGAACACCUUGAAAUAACAAGCUCAGCUACAAACACAGAUAUUAAAAGAGCCUAUCGGAGACUUGCAAAAAAAUACCACCCUGAUAAAAAUAGCGAUCCAGAUACAGAGAAGAAAUUCAAGGAAAUAUCAUUUGCAUAUGAGUGUUUGUCAGACCCUGAUAAAAGGCGGCGAUAUGACGCCGGUCAAGGGCGUAAAGCUUGUGAGAACGACGGUGGGGAUGGCUUUCCGGAUUUUGGAUUUUCCAGUGUUUUUAGUUCUAUGUUUGGUGGUGGCUCCAAUAUGCAUCAAAAUGAAGGUGGCCUUCGCGGAGCAGAUGUCCUUAUGGAUCUUCCUGUUACCCUCACCGAACUCUAUAACGGCGAGUUCGUUGACAUAGUUCGGUCUAGGCCUGUAAAGAAGUCGAAACCAGGCACUCGCGAAUGCAAUUGCCAUAUGGAAAUGAAAACACAGUACCUAGGUCCUGGUCGCUUCCAAAUGGUACAGCAACGCGUUUGUAGUGAAUGUCCAAAUUUUGAGUUUAUAACUGAAGAUAGGCAAGUUGAAGUGGAAAUUGAACCUGGAAUGCCUGAUGGCUACACUUUUUCCUUCCCUGGAGAGGGUGAACCACAUCCGGAUGGUGACAACGGUGACCUUAAAUUUAUUAUCAGACAACAAGCACAUCACAUUUUUCACCGUCGCGGAGACGAUCUAUUCACAAAUGUGAGCAUCAGUCUAACCGAUGCAUUGGUUGGAUUCGCUUUCGAACUCACACAUUUAGAUGGCCACAAGGUGGUGUUGAAGCGGACCGAAGUAACGUGGCCUGGCGCGGUGAUGGUCGUGGCCAACGAGGGACUGCCAAACUACGAAAACAAGAACAAAAAGGGCUCACUCAUUGUCACCUUCGACGUGGUAUUCCCCCGAAAUCGGGCACUAACUGCAAGCGAAAUAGAAACAGUCAAAAGCAUUUUCGGCGAGGGCUCAGAAACCUCCAAAACGUCGGUUACGUAUGGAGUACCCGGAAAUCGCCCCACGGGUCUCGACGAGGGGCGCACUGGGCCAAUCGUGUACAACGGCUUCCUGUUGAAAAGUGCGGCGGCGAAACACCUGACCAACGUCAUAUCUUGA